AUGGGGAGUCUAGUGUACCAAGUGAUUUCCUCGGUAGCACUCCUCACGCUUGGAAUGUACCACCUAAUAAGCACCACGCGCAACUUCCUCAAAUCGCCCCACACCUACGUCGCCAAACCCUUCCACCCCUUCCCCUACCCCCGCCGUCUACCGCUCUACCUUGCCAUUCUCGUCCUCCUCGUCGCCAUCACCCACCACCUCCUCCUCUCGGCGGACUCCGACCCCUUGCUCCGCGGCGCAACCCCCGUCCACCUCCUCGUCUCCCUCCAGUCCGCUGCCACGCUCUUCCUCUUUCUCCUCCUCGCCCUCGCCCUCCUCCUCGCGGACGCCUCUCCUGCACUCCUCCCCCUCCCCGCUGACCUUGCCUUCGCCCUCGCCUCCGCGGUUUUCCUCAUCCACGCCGCCCUCGCAUCGGCCCGCGCCUCGCUUCAGACCUCCGCCAUCGAGGCUAAGUGCCUCUCUGUCUCCGCUAGCCUCUCCUCCGUCUCCGCCCUUCUCUGCCUCCUCCUCGCCGCCCUCCCCCGCCUCUUCCCCGCCGAUGCCGCUCUCGCCGCCACAUUUUGCCUCCGCGGCUUCUGGUCCCUCCAGACCGGCCUCUCCCUAUACGUGGACGCCUUCAUCCCCGACGGUUGCCACCGCCUUCUUGACGUCAAGAGCGGCGUCGAGGGAUCCACGCAGUGCGAUCUCGAGGAUUCCAAGUUCCGCGCCGUUGCGAUUCUCGAUCUUGCGUUCCUGAUCUACGCCACCUUCGUCGUUCUCAUUGUUCUAGUAACCUACGCUCUCGUCGCCAAGAGCGUUGGUGCGAGGAGGCUCGGAUCAUAUGAGGCGCUCCCCACCGCGUCUUCAACUGCGGACGCCAACCACAGUCAUAUUCAGAUGAAGGCCUUGACCGGCACCCAGGCUUGA